AAUCCAUUGACUGAGACCCAGCGUAUUUUUAAUUACAGACAUUCUCGAGCUCGACGAGUAAUAGAAAAUGCUUUUGGAAUUUUAUCAACAAGGUGGCGUGUUCUUCGGAUUUCAUUAGCCCAACUUCCAGAAUCUAUUGAAAAUAUUGUAUAUGCAAGAGAAUGGAGGAGAGAUGCUGCAGCACCUAAUAUUCAAAACUUGCACAGAAUAGGUGCAAAUCAUGCAGCUGUUGCAGCUGUUAAUUUAAGAAAUACACUUGCCGAUUAUCUUACCAACCAUGAAGAAGGUCCUUGGCAAAGAAUGGUUGUUUUCCGUGGCUAUAAUAUUAAUGUUCCUUAAACAUGUAUAUAUUUCAGUGUAACAUAUAGUGUAGUUCUAAGCAUGCAGUUUUAAUUACUAUAAUAAUAACAUAUUUGGCUCAUGUAUAAUAAACCUCAACUCAUAAA